GUCUCCCUCAUCUGCAGGGGGACAGUUUCACUGUAAAGUAUCCACAGCCCACACAUUUUAAAGGGGACAAGGAGGUUCCACAGCCCUCUUAUUUCAAAGAGGAAGAGGGGGGAGAGUGUCCUGUAGGGCAGGAGGAGGCUGAUGUCAGCAAGUUUCCACUGACUGUUGUUUCUGUGAAGACUGAAGAGCAUGAAGACAAACCACCUGAGUCCUCACAGCUUCAUCACAGUCCAAAUGUCUGUGAAGAACAUCUUCACCCUGAGCAACAGAAGUGAAGCUUCAGGAUGCGGACAGAGGAGCCACAGCCCUCCCACAUUAAGAAGGAAGAGGAAUACCCACUGAUACCCCAUUUUAAAAAGGAAGAGGAGGACCCACUGACACCCCAUUUUAAAAAGGAAGUGGUGGAUCCACUGACUCCUCACUCUAAGGAGGAAGAGGAGGACCCAGUGACCCCUUACAUUAAAGAGGAAGAGGAGGAAGAGGGCAUCAGUCAGCCUAAAUGGUUGGAGGAGUUCCCAGUGACUGGUGUCCCUGUGAAGAGUGAAGAUGAUGAGGUGAAAGGUGAAAGUGAGGAGAGGGGAGGGGGGGAGCCUCCAAGCAGCAGCUCAACACAACACAUGACAACAGAAGCUGAUGGAGACCACUGUGGAGGAUCACAAGCAGACAAGCUCUUAGCUCCACUAUCAGAUAGUGAGGACACAACGUCACACUCUCCUGACACUGAUGAUGAAGACUCUAAAGAUGAUAAGACAUGUCACACUGACAACACUCACUUCACAUCUUCUCACUCUCACAAAACUUUUAAAUACCGUCGUAGUCUGAAAUCACACAUGAGAACACACACUGGAGAAAAACCUUUUUCUUGCUCAGAAUGUGGUAAAGGUUUUACACGAAGUCAACAUUUGAAAGUACACAUGAGAACACACACUGGAGAAAGACCUUUUUUAUGUUCAAUCUGUGGGAAAGUUUUUAUUCAAAGGUACUAUUUAAAAUCACACAUGAGUACACACACUGGAGGAAAACAUUGUUCCUGCUCAGAAUGUGGUAAAAAUUAUACUCAAAGCCAUAAUUUGAAAACACACAUGAGAAUAGACACUGGAGAAAAACCUUUUUCAUGUUCAAUCUGUGGUAAAAAUUUUACUCGAAGGCAAAAUUUUAAAACACACAUGACAAUACACACUGGAGAAAAAACCUUUUUCAUGUUCAAUUUGUGUCAAAAAUUUUACUCAAAGGCAAUCUUUGAAAGUACAUAUGAGAUUACACAAUGGAGAAAAAAAAUGUUUCCUGCUCAGACUGUGGUAAAAGUAUCGUACUAAAUCAAAGUUUAAAAGUACAUAUGAGAACACACACUGGAGUAAAACGUUUUUCAUGUUCAAUCUGUGGUAAAAAUUUUACUCGAAGGCAACAUUUUAAAACACACAUGACAAUACACACUGGAGAAAAACCUUUCUCUUGUUCAAUCUGUGGUAAAGGUUUUAGAGAAAGUCAACAUUUGAAAAGACACAUUAAAACACACACUGGUGAAAAACCUUUUUCCUGUUCAACCUGUGGUAAAAAUUAUACUCAAAGCCAUAAUUUGAAAACACACAUGAGAACACACACUGGAGAAAAACCUUUUUCAUGUUCAAUCUGUGGUAAAAAUUUUACUCGAAGGCAAAAUUUUAAAACACACAUGACAAUACACACUGGAGAAAAACCUUUUUCAUGUUCAAUUUGUGUCAAAAAUUUUACUCAAAGGCAAUCUUUGAAAGUACAUAUGAGAUUACACAAUGGAGAAAAAAAAUGUUUCCUGCUCAGACUGUGGUAAAAGUAUCGUACUAAAUCAAAGUUUAAAAGUACAUAUGAGAACACACACUGGAGUAAAACGUUUUUCAUGUUCAAUCUGUGGUAAAAAUUUUACUCGAAGGCAACAUUUUAAAACACACAUGACAAUACACACUGGAGAAAAAACCUUUUUCAUGUUCAAUUUGUGUUAAAAAUUUUACUCAAAGGCAAUCUUUGAAAGUACAUAUGAGAUUACCACUGGAGAAAAUAAAAUUUCCUGCUCAGAAUGUGGUAAAAGUUUUGUAAUAAAUCAAGGUUUAAAAGUACAUUUGAGAACACACACUGGAGAAAAACCUUUUUCAUGUUCAAUCUGCGGUAAAGAUUGUACUCAAAAGAAGCAUUUCAAAGCACACAUGACACUACACACUGGAGAAAAACCUUUUUCAUGUUCAAUCUUUGGUAAAAAAUCUAUUCGAAGGCAACAUUUAAAAACACACAUGAGAAUACACACUGGAGAAAAACCUUGUUCCUUCUCAUAAUGUGGUAAAAGUUUUGUCAUAAGACAAAGUUUAAAAGUAAAAAUGAGAACACACGCUGGUGAAAAACCUUUCAUAUGUUCAGUAUGUUGUAAAAGUUAUAUAGAAGGACGACAAUUAAAAUUACACAUGAUAUAGCACUCUGGGGAAAAACCAUACUCCUGUUCAAGCUGCGAUAAAAGCUUUGGUCACCUAAACACUCUUACAGUGCAUAUGAGAAGACACCCAGGAGAGAAAGUGUUGAGUUGCAGUGUGUGUGGUGAAAGAUUGUCUUCUAAGUACCAGUGUAAGAAACACAAGUGUGCUGGUGAGAACAGCAGCAGCAAAUGAAACUGCAGGAUUUGAAAUAAACUGUCCAGACUUUCAUUUUGACUUUCUAACAACAUCAGCACAUAUAACAUGUGUGACAUUGUUGUUUGUCUAACAAUCUGGUUAAUAUGAUUCUAACAUUUAUAGAUUAGACACUUCAGAUUAGUGUGUUUAUUACAGUCAAGUACAUGAGUUAAUACACACAUUUGUGUACUUUAAAAUGAACACAACAAUUUGACUGAAAAGGUGAGAAUAAACAGUACAUACAAUUAUGUUACAUACAAUAAACAUUGUAUGUGUAAAUAUCCAUAAUUUACCUCUAUACUUAUUCAUAAUAGUGUUUUAUAUGUUUUUUGAAAAAUGACGUGUUACAUAUUUUAUUUUCUAAUUGUAGAUGAUUCCAUAGAUGAAUUCCUUUUAUAUGAUGUACAUAUUUGUUUUACAUGUGUUCAUACCUUUGCUUUUGAGUACACAUAAAUCCCUCUUAGUUCAUAUUUACUGGUUCACAUCUGAAACAUCUUCUGGACCACUUCUGGAAGCAUAUUAUUAUUUACUUUAUACAUCAUUUGAACAGUUGUCUUUUAUACAAGAUCUUUUACUUUUAUAAUGUGUGAUUUUUUGAAUAAUUUGUUGGGUCUCUAGAAUCCAUUCUAUUAGUUGUCUUUAUUACUCUCUUGAAUAUGAAUAUUGUUGUGUGAUUGUUUUAUAUGUAUGUCCCCAGACUUUUAUGCAAUAAACAAUGUAUGUUUCAACUGAA